AUGGGUGAAACAAAGUUCGUCCCACGAGUUCGGGGCCAACGAAGAGAGCUCGGCAGGCGACAGUUCGUCGUCAAGUCUCUGGUCAGUGUAGCCCUUCUCCUCGGAACCGCCACCGGGUUCCAUUUUGCCAUCCAGAACAUCGCUGGCGCAGACAAGUAUCUGUACUGGUUUCUCGCUCUUUUCGUCUGGCGGUAUCUCCGCUUUGUAGUCAACCUCAUCGGCUUCUGGGGCUACAGCCCUGCUCCGCAACACCCGCGGCCAACCUACCAUCCUUCUCGCGAUGUCACCGUCAUCGCCCCCAGCGUCGCCCCAGCCAGUGAGGGGUUCCGCAAGACAAUCCGCGCGUGCGCAGACAACCACCAGGCCAGGAUCAUUGUCGUAACUGCAGGCGAGGCCCUGUUCGAGACAGCGUCAGCAUACGUCCGAACCCUCCAACUCGAGUAUCCGACGAUCAAGUUUCUAGUGGAUCGGACGACGGUUGCGAGCAAACGGGAACAGGUUGCCCGGGCUGUGGCCUAUGUCAAGACCGACAUUACCGUACUUGCCGACGACCAUGUCUACUGGGGUCCUCGGUUCCUCACUUCCACACUGGCUGCGUUUGAGGACCCUACGGUUGGCGUUGUCGGUACGAACAAGCGAGUCCUCUUGAAGACCGACACCAACCUCUGGGGCCGGAUCUGGAACAUGAUCGGGACCACGCGUCUGUGCCGGAACAACUUCGAGAGCCUUUCAACCAACGUCGUUGACGGCGGUGUCUCUGUUGUGUCUGGUCGGACCAGCGCCAUCCGUACCGAGAUCCUGCGCCAUCCGGACUUCCUCCCGGGGUAUACUAACGAAUUGUUCUUCUUCGGCCUCUUCGGGCCCCUUAAUGCGGACGACGACAAGUACGUGACCCGGUUUGUGGUCCGCCAGGGCUGGAAUGUCAAGAUCCAGUACACCGAGGACUCAGUGAUGGAGACGACCCUUGGCGUGGAGAAGCCCCUCCAUACCAAGUACCUCAACCAGUGCAAGCGCUGGGCUCGCACAACGUGGCGGUCCAACAUGUGCAGUAUGGUGACAGACCGCAGCAUUUGGGCGUUCCAGCCCUACUGCGCCUACGCCGCACAUCUGACGUCGUUGGCCAACUUCGCCGCCAUCACAGACCCGCUGCUCUUUUUCCUCUUUUCCCGCUCGUCUGCUUACAAUCUGCCCCACAGUCUUCUUGCGCUGGUGGGCUGGGUUCUCUUUACCAAGAUGGUAAAGGUGGCCGACUACUUCCGUCGGACCCCGCAGAACUUGUUCUUGUUCCCUAUCUAUCUUGCGUUUGGCUAUUUCCAUAGCAUCAUCAAGUUCUGGGCUAUGCUAACAUUCUGGGACUGUACCUGGAGCGGACGCCAGCUCGACGAAGUCAACAAGUCGAGCCGCGGUGCCAACAAUGAUGGGCCGUUAGCUCUCCCCCCUACAUCGCUCCCUCCCACGCCGCCUCUCUCAUCUACAGAAGACGAAGACGAAGCUGGUCAGCCUAAGGGUGAGCACCCACACAUCGGCACCUUCCGCGCCAUCCGAGCCCGGAUCACGAACCUGCGCAGCCAGCAAAUGGCGCACAUCGAAACCUACCAGAAACCCCUGUUGUCUGAGCUCGGGCGGCUGCGAGACUCGUUCGGUGACCUCCAUGGCAACACAGAUGCCAUCGUCGCAAACCACGGUACCAUCCGCACCGAGCUCCAGGGCGUAGUCGUCAAGAGCAAGGAGCUGGCCGACGCGAAGGGCGCCACGGCCGAGGCAGUCCACCUUGACGAUGAAAUCAGCACGACCAUUACGGAUGUGAAGAAUGCCGUUGCGGGGGUGGAAGAGACCUGGCGGGGACUUUUUUCCACACGGCCAGCUGAGGAAGAGGCUCCGGUUAGGUCCAAAGGCCUGACUUACUACCACCAUACAAGCUGGGUUUAUCCGGAGUCCUCAACCUUGCAGUCGUCGAAGGAGUCCCUUACCAAGGAGUCCUCGACCGAGGAGUCCCAGGAGUCGGAAGCCUGGCACUCUGAGGUGGCACCGUCGGACGAGAAGCAGGAGGAGACGUAA